GAUUUUGUUAUGAACUUCUGGAACCCGUCUAAAAAUGGCAGCUAGAAGAAUUACCAAGAAUUGGUUACGUUUUACAAAAUAUCACCAGAUAAAGCCCACAGCUUCAUUAGUAUUAAAAAGAAAUCUUUUAAAGGGAACCUCUCUUCAUUGUCCGAAUGUGAGAAAUAUUCAUGUUACUGCUUGUGUGAAUGAACUGGUACAGUUUAAUCUCUCUGAUAUUGGUGAAGGUAUAAGAGAGGUCCAUAUUAAAGAAUGGUAUGUGAAUGUGGGAGAUAAAGUGAGUCAGUUUGACAGUCUAUGUGAGGUUCAGAGUGAUAAAGCCUCUGUCACAAUCACCAGCAGGUUUGAUGGCGUUGUAAAGAAACUAUGCUAUGAGAUUGAUGAUAUUGCUCUAGUUGGAAAACCUCUUGUGGAAAUAGAGACAGACACAUCAGCAGCAGCUAAAGAUGUGGUUGAAGAUAAGUUUGAAGAUGAAAGUUCUUCCUCAUCCUCAAGUGACAGUGAUUCCUCCAUGAUGCAGAGGGUCAAAGGUCAUAAAGUAUUGGCCACACCUGCUGUCAGAAAAAUAGCCAUGGAAAAUAAAAUACGAUUGAGUGAUAUAGUAGGAACAGGAAAAGAUGGUAGAAUUUUAAAAGAGGAUGUUAUCCGAUUCUUAGAAGGAAAACAGGCAGCUGUUCCAAAAGAUACUAAGAAAGAAGUAAAAGUUGAAGUCAGACCGGAAAUACGGGUACCAGAGGGAGCCCCUGUUCCCACUCCAGUGAUUCCGCCAAAAGUGGUCUCCCGGCCUGUGCUGGGCAAGGACUAUAACGAACCCAUCAAGGGUAUACGUAAAGCAAUGGUGAAAACAAUGACAGCAGCUCAGUCUAUACCGCCAUUUGGAUAUUAUGAUGAGAUUGAUAUGACAGCUUUAGUGAAAUUCAGGGCCGAUAUAAAAGAGCAGGCAUUAGCACGAGGAGUGAAAUUUUCAUAUAUGCCAGUGUUUAUAAAGGCAGUAUCAGUGGCUUUAACAGAGUAUCCAAUAUUAAAUUCAAGCGUAGAUGAAAAAUGUGAAAACAUUACUUAUAAGGCAUCUCAUAAUAUAGGUUUAGCCAUGGACACAAAAGAUGGACUCUUGGUGCCAAAUAUAAAGAACGUACAAUCUUUGAGUAUUUUUGAGAUUGCAUCAGAGUUAAACAGACUACAUGCUCUUGGCUUAGCGGGUAAACUAGGGACAGAUGACCUUUCUGGGGGAACAUUUUCUCUUUCCAAUAUAGGAUCUAUUGGAGGCACCUAUGCACGUCCAGUAAUACUUCCACCAGAAGUAGCAAUUGGUGCUAUUGGAAAGGUUCAGGCUUUACCGAGGUUUGAUGAGAAUGACAAUGUCGUCAAACGUUACAUUAUGCAAGUCAGCUGGUCUGCCGAUCAUCGUGUAGUAGAGGGCGCCACUAUGGCUAGAUUCUCAAACUUGUGGAAAUCUUACCUUGAAAAUCCUACAUCACUCAUUCUAGAUUUAAAAUGAAAAUACAGAAUUAAUAUAAAGUAAAAACUAUGUGAUAAGCUACAGAAAGUAAUAGUGAAUAGCAUUCAAGUGACAACAAAACAUAUUAAAGUAAUUUCUCUGAAGAAUUGUAUAGAAUGAAUUUGUAUAAAUGUUACAGCCAUGUUUGGUCUAAAUAAUUGGUGAAAGUUGUAUUUUGUGCACUCCAGAUUUUGGGAACACUUAAAUUUACCGUUGUACGUCGUCUGACCGUCCGUCUGAAUUUGCGAAGUUCAUAUCUCUGAUAAGAUAUGACAUAGAGUUGUGAAACAUUACAGGAUUAUUAUUCAGCGUGUGGAGUUGUGCACUUUUUGCUUUGUUUGGGAUAUCACUCUGCAAGACCAGAGUUAUGCCCAAUGACUUAGGCAGUUUGUAUAAAAGGUCUAAAUGUUUGCAUAUGUUUCUCCAGAAGAGUCAUGAAACUUAAAGGCAUUUUUUGCAGCUUGUGUAGUUGUGCACUUUGGUUUGUAUCUGGGUAUAACACCACCACCUUCCCCCUCAAAAACGUUUUAUAUUCAGAUGUUCUUUUAUUUUGAAUUUCUUGAUGUUUGGUUGUAUUCCUGAGGAUUCGCACUCCAACCCAAGGUAAUAUGCUUAGUCUCGUAUAAACAAGUGUCAAAGAAUCAUUGACUGUAUAACUUGCAUUAAGAGACCACCCAAGGGAAGUACAAAAAGCGGUCUUCUAACACAAAUGGUCUGUUAAUAAAAGUAUAAUUUGUUCUUUAGCAGUACAAAACGAAACUGAAAAAUAUCUCUUAAAGCAUGUGGUCUCUUUAUAGGCGUGGACCCACAAGAUAGUUGAACUGUAGUUACAGGAAGUGGGGGCACUAGUGGCCUUAGAAGACAUUCUAGUUUUAGAAACAAUUAUAGCCUGAAAACCAUUGGAUAGAAUCUCGUAUUCCUGAAUUAUGUGGAUUUUUUUCCCAUUUAGUAACGAUUUGACCAUAGCGUUUUGUUUUUCAGUUUGGAACAUAUUUCGGAAGAUAUAAUAAAGGUUAAAACCUGUUGACCUAGGAAUUGUUACUAUUGUUUUCAAAUAUUACUCUGUCUGCAUUUGCAUGUAUUUUGUUUUGUUCAAGUCUGUAAUUAUUCCAAAUUACAGACAGUAUAAUUGGGGUGCAACAUUGAUGCUCAACAAUAUUAUUGUCUGACAACACUGCAUUUAAACAGUGAUAUGGAUCUUUGCUGUUUGUUUGUUACGUAUUGUUUGUAUUUUAGAAACAUCAGUUUAUUUAAUUGUUAGACAAUCGGGCACUUUUCAUCCAGCAGUUCCUGUUAAAGCUUUUGUUAAAUUAUUUUCUUUUUGAUAUCCAGAUAUGCAAUUUGCUCAGGAUAAGUCAAAUACUGGGUCUUAGUGCAAGGGACACAUUCAGCAACGUUUCAAGUCAGACACCUAACAUAUUCUUUUAUAUUGAAAUGCUACAAUUUUGAAGCAAGGAAAAAGUAUAUCAUUUACUACUAGAAAGAGCUUAGGCAUUGUGUUCAUUGCUAAUAGUAGACACCGUCGUUCAUAUGACUGAAAAAUUACUGAAAAAGAAGCUAAACACGAACACAUAGUAAAGAUGCAUUCUGAAAGAAGUUACCCAAUUUAAGUUUUCAAUUUUUCAUCUGUUAUCUUGCUCUGAAUUAGAAUAUUAAUUAAUAUAGACUAGCUGAUGGACAUUACAGUUACUUUCUAAAAUUGUGUCUUAUGACAGUUCUAUUUGCUUGCUAUGGCUAAGUUUUGCUGUGUGUUUUAUGCUGUGCGUAACAGAAGUUGAUAUCUAGGGAAUAGUUUACUCAGCCAGUGUGUUAACGUUUGGUCAGUUUUACCUAGUCAGAAGAAAUUGUUUGUAAUAGUGUACAUUCAUUAGCACAUUUUUAUAUCGCAUAGAGUUUCUUCUGACUUACAUCGUAGGUUAAAGCUUUACAUUACAUCUUAAUAAAGUUAACAUAAAAUCAGUUAAGAAUAUUUGAGUUGUGUUGUGUGACUAAAUCAUUUGUCAUAUAUAUUUAUUGUAUAUGCGUAUGUAUAGAAUCUCGUGAAUAAUUAUGAUAUUAAAAGUCUGAAUUGUUACUUUUUAGUGCACAAGAAAAUUGGAUUGGUUCUGACAGAAAACUUUUACUUGAUUGCUCUCCAGAACAUAACAGUCAAUAUACACUCAGUUCCAAAAGAAAGUGUGCACUUAGUUGUUUGUUAUUUUUUCUCAGUUAUUUUCAUGAAAACUUAUAAUGUUUGGUACCAAAAUUUAAAUCAGUUCGUAAACAAAUUGGUGUGCAUUUUAGAUUUUGAGUUAUACCUGAGAGUUUGUGUAUGAAAAAAUGAAACAAAAACGUCGGGGAAUUUUUGGAAAUAUUUAAACCUAAAAAGUGCACACUUUCUUUUGGAACUGAGUAUAUUGGUGAUCUUGAGGUUUCUUUUCGACGCACCUCUCGAAAAAACAUUUGUGAAUUCUUUGUAUAUCAACAGACAACUGACAUUAGUACAGUGCAUAUCCCCGAAACUGCAGUGCACAUACCUGAACUUUUUGUAUUUGGAUUCCGUACUUAAAAUUUAAAAAAGGAACAACUUCCUAAGAUUGAUCAUAGGUGGCGGGCGAAUGACUUCUUCCGAAUAUUUGUUCACAGAAACUUGUUUUUGUGAGUUUCGGAUUAUUUUGUAAGAUGAAGGUUUAAAAUAUACAUCAUUCUAAAGAUUCCCACGGGUGAUAGUAGGUUUAUAUGAAUUUUAACUUUGGUAGUGAGAAUUGUUUGGCCAAAAAUGUGUUCCAUGUAUAACAUAUGUAUUAAGACAAACAAACAUUUACCACUAGAAGACGAUGUGUCCGGUGAAGGACACAGGCCUUUAAGUCAAAGGUCAGGAUCAAAUUAUGGGAUAAAAAUGUCAUUUCUCUUGUCUUGUCUAUAUCUUUUAUAUACCUACAACGAUAUUCAAUUAAGUUUGUACAGCUCUAACAAUAACAAAAUUGUGUGUUCAAAAAUGUGAUCAUUUAAAGGUUUCAAGUCCGUAACUUAAGUAUACGUGCUCUGUUGUGGAAGUACCAUUACUGACACACUCACACUUCUAUGUCCUAACAUCACAUAGCAAGAGAAUCUGUGUCCUUGACACACAUUCCUAGUUUUAAAUGUAGGACCAUGGACUUUAGAUCGUUAAAAUUUAACAUACUGAACCACUUCAGCUUUUGUUAGGCGCAUCAAAUCGUGCAUAUAGAUUCAUCAUAAUUAUAGGGUUAAUCUGAAUUUACAAUUUGGCUUGACUGCAUGCAAACCCUAGAGUUAAGAAAUCCUCACCCUAAAAUUAAAAGUUGUAACAUAUUAAGCCCUUGACAUGUUCUUCACGUGAUCAGUUGUUUUUAUACUCGUGUGAAAACAACCACAACAAGUCAUGUAUGCAUUGAGUAUUGUCGUUAAUGUUGUAAUUUUUGAAUGACGAUAAAAUCAACUCAACCGAAACUUUUGACAAAAUGACAUUUGAUUAAAUCUUGUCUGUAAAACAAUCAUUUUAAGGUAGUUCUGCACGUUUGGAUCGAAAUUAUUUCUACAAUGUAGAAUUUGAUUAAACACUGAUUUUUCAAAACUUCAGAAUAUACCUAGAAAAUUAAGCAAAUAAAAAAGAUAGGGUCGUGUGCUUGAUUUUUUGCUAGACUGAUUUGAAAAAUAGGGACCUCAUGCAAUAUUUCAUACUGAGAGUCUAUGGGAAAAUCAUAACUUUCUUAACAUUUUCGCGAAUAGAAAUUUUUCUACAAUGUAGAUUUUGAUGAAACUUCUCACAGUUGUAAAUAAAGACAUGACCUAUAAUUUGAUGAAAUAAAAUAUAUAGGUCCGUGUGCUUAUUUUUGAGAUAUUUGAACAUGAUUAAAGUAAACCGGACAUUUCACGCUAAUUUUAGGACGUUAUUUUGAAUUAUUUAACAUGUGAUAUGUUUUAAUAUCAUAUUUUGACUUUACAAUAUAGCAACAGUACCAUUGUAAUAAAUUUACUCACAGGUUGCAAUUAAUUCAUAAAAUGAUUUUCUGUUCCGUACGCCGAAUCCAGUCUUUAUUCUACGUUUUCCGGAAAAAUGGCGUCACGCCAUCACUUCCGGUUUAUCAAACGUGCAGAACUACCUUAAAUGUAUUUUUAGAUGCUUAAACUUCCUCAUGUAAAUGCGCAUGGUGUGUUUUAAAUCAGUCCACCCUUUUAGGUAAAAUCUUUGAAAGAAUUUGAGUAAACAAAAUUCCUGACACACACUUCCUCUUUCUUGAUAUAGGUGUUUGAGUGUGCUGGUGACUGAAAUCGCACAUGUGUUAGAAUGGAAAGGCUGCACAAUACCAAACAAAUCUGAAAAUAGCUCUAUAUAUAAGAUCAUAACAUCAAAAACGUAGACACACAUAUUAUUUUGUAACAGAUAUUUUUCAACGUGUUUUAAAAACAUAACGGCUAAAAUGUGAUUAUGAAUCCAUGUGUAAUAAUUUGCUGAAAUUCUCUUUGAAGAAUUUACCGCAUACUAAAUACAAUACCACAAUGGAAUCAAAACAGCAAGUCGGCUACAAUGCUAUUUUAAUUGAGAGUAAAUGAUGAUAGUUUUAGCCUUUGUCGCCCUGGAGUGCAUUCAGUUGUUUUUUAUGUGGCUAUACGUACUUCCUAUAAUAAUCCCUUUUAAGAGUGACCGAAAAGUGAUACGAUAACGCUCUAUAUUGUGUACAUGGAUAAGAUGUUUCGGGCCUAUUACCUUGUUUGUUUUAGAUAAAUCAUAGAUAACCAUAGAAAACAUACAAAAGCAUUUUCCUAAAGGGGUCACCACAAAAGUCGCUGAACAAGAGAUGAGGCAAUACGGUGUUUGGGUUAUAUAUUAACAUGUAAUAUGUAGGUAAAGUUUUCGACUGAUUCAAUAUUGCUUCUCAGGACUGUUUAUCGCCGUAAAAAUAGUGUACACAUUACGUAAUGCAGUGAAGUUUUUUUUAAGACUUGUCGAAAGUAUGAAGCUAUUGCAUCUUUGAAGUUAAUGUGUGUAUUAUACGAAAGUACGUAUAUAUUUUUGGAGGAAUGUUAAUAAAUGUUAUAAUUGUUAUAAAUAAACAACAAUUCGGUUUUUUUUUGGUAUUGAGUGAACUUGGCAUCACAAUUAUUUGUUUACGAUUAUAAAUUGCAUAACCUCUGUUAUUACAGAGUGAAGUGUCAGACAGUAAAUUAUGAUCAUCCACAUAUGUAUACAAGCCCGCUGUGGUAAUGGCCCGACUUGUAAAAUUCACUGUAAAGUCACAACAUUAUAAGCCAAUAAUUUUCUCUUUGAUAUGCAUUCACUAUAGGGUUAUAACGUUUAUUUAGGAUAUUUAACAUGAUCUAAUGAAAUAGUGUGCACCUACUCAAGGGAAGGACACGCAAAUCUUGGUUGUGGGACUAUUUGAAAUGUACUUCACCGGCUGUAAAAAGAAAAUGUUCAUGUAACAAACAGACUCGAAAAGAAGUAACGCAUCACACUGAUAUGAAUCAUCUUUAGGAUGAACCACUUUUGAACAACCCUUUUAGGAAUGUUGUAUAAAUAAAGUGCAACUUACCAAACAGUCGUUCACUUAAUAAGAUUCGAAGAUUCUGCCACUAAAGAUUUAGCUAUGGAAUAUUGUGCACUGUUUCUUGUGGCAGUGAUUGGCAUGACUCUGGCAGAACCUGCCCCAGACAUCAGCAAGCUAAGGAUUACUAAUUGUAACUGCUCGAAAUGCAGCUUCCAGCAAAUAGGCUAUGCACUGCGUGGUAGAGUUGUUGCCAUGUUUAAUGGAUCACGGGUUAGUUGCUCAAAGAAAGCCAUUGUGAACUGGGCACGUACAGUUAUUGGCUGGAAUUACAGCUGCAGUAUCAGUGGAUCUGACGGGAAGUUUGAAGUCCGUUACGGGGCUGGUCGACUGUGUGGAAGAAAUUACGAUCGUGUGUAUUUAAACAGUUGCAGCGGGACCCCUUGCAGUAACUUUGGUUAAGGAAAUGACAAUCUUUGCCAAUACCUUAGUUUCUAUUAGAAUAUAAUACUAAUACCAUUAAAUAUAAGAGACAAAUGUAUUAAUUACCUGUGUAAGAUGAAUUAUGAAAUAAAAUUUAGUGUUUGUUGAA